UGCUCACAAGCAGGAGGAGAAUUGCUUGAAGAUAUACUGAAACCUGAACCUGGGCUGGUUUGUCUGCUAGCCAGUACUUCGCAGCUGUCAAUCUGAAUUGCAACUAGCAGCUACUGUAAGUAGCUUCUGUGCACUAUGAAGAAUUUUUCAUUUCCUAUGCAGGAUAACACACAUCAGACCGAGAGUCCUCCUCACAGAUUCCUGAGUUUGAGAAAUCAGUCAGAUCCUGUUGGAAGAGCAGAAAGAGAUGAGCAAUUAGCUCAAGUAGAAAUUGCUGUACUGGGGGUCAUAUUUCUGACAGCAUCUGUGGGCAAUUUUAUUCUCAUACUGGUGCUGUGGCGGAGAAGAAAGAAGCUCUCUAGGAUGUAUGUAUUCAUGCUUCACCUCAGCAUCGCUGACUUAGUGGUAGCCUUCUUUCAAGUGCUGCCUCAACUCAUAUGGGAUAUUACAGAUGUUUUCAUAGGGCCAGAUUUCUUGUGCAGAAUUAUCAAGUAUCUGCAAUUGCUGGGCAUGUUUGCCUCUACUUAUAUGAUAGUGGUCAUGACAGUGGACAGAUAUCAAGCAGUUUGCUACCCUAUGGUCACUUUCCAAAAGAAGAGAGCUCUCUGGAACAUCCCCAUUUGCACGAGCUGGUCUGUAUCACUGAUUCUUAGCUUACCACAGGUAUUUAUCUUUUCUAAGGCUGAAAUAUCUCCAGGUAUAUUUGAAUGUUGGGGUGAAUUUGUUCAGCCAUGGGGCCCAAGGGCAUAUGUGACUUGGAUUUUUGUAGUUAUAUUCUUCAUUCCCUCAGUCAUCCUUCUCACAUGCCAGGUUAAGAUUUGCAAAAUAAUCAAAAGAAAUAUGUAUGUGAAAAAACAGAAUGUGUACGAAGUAACAGAUCAGAAGCAAGUCCUGCCAUCUCGAGCAAGCAGUGUGAACUGUAUUUCAAAGGCUAUGAUCAAGACUGUAAAAAUGACAGUGGUGACAGUUGUUGCAUAUGUUCUUUGUUGGUCACCUUUCUUCAUUGCACAGCUGUGGUCUGUGUGGUUCCCCAGUGUCCUGACAGAAGGUUCAGCAUUCACCAUUAUCAUGCUCCUCGGCAAUUUAAAUAGUUGCACCAACCCAUGGAUUUACAUGUAUUUUUGUGGCCACAUUCCAUAUUGCACAAAGAAGCGUUUGGAGAACAGCUCAGCUCAAGAGGAAUCAGUGAUCACGGGGAGCAUUCAUCUUGUAGAUAGAGACCCUGAGGAAAACAGUACCUCUGCAUAAAUGUUGAAUGCUUCUUGGUGUUUUCGUACAUUUGCUAUGUUCGCAAGAUGUAUUGAUAUUUUACCACCAUCCCUUGCUUUCUGGAUAAGUAAGCUGGAAAAUUGUCUUUUGUUGUAUAAAUAUAUUUCUCUUCAGUUUUGUAGGAUACACAGGAAGCUUCUGUGUUGUGCAAGUCUGACUCAGUACUUUCAUCACCACUGUGUUAUGAGAAUGAAUUCUUGUAAAUACUGACAAAGAUACAUAAAAGUAUCUUGGAUAUUAUGUGUCCCAAAGUACUUUAUCUUCUGUGAUUCUGGUCCAACAAAUGGAAAAAUAAUUUAAAAGGAAUCUGACAUAACUAGACCUGAAUGUGUGUUCAAACUGAAUUAUGAAUUGUUUGUAAUUCUUGUGGGGUUGGGAGACAGUUCGACAAAUCUUGAAAAGGCAGAAGAAAGUCAGAAAUAUCAAUUUCUAGCUAUCAUAAAUACCUUUUUAAAAUUAACUCCUUAUAUACUUUUAUAAAAUGCCUUGCAGCUUAAUAUAAUUAAAAAAAACCCAAAAAACUCAGUGUCCUUGUGACACUGAACACCUACUUCAGCAGUUUCAAAGGCUGCUGUGGAUUGCAGAAGGUCAGCAGCACAGUAGCAGUCCAGGUUUGUGGCUUCACACAAUAAUGUUUGAUCUUUCAUGCAUUCCCUGAUGUUCAAGCAGUUAACCACAUACACACACAUAUACUUGCUUUAAAUACAAAAUAGUGCUAGGAAUUACAAUUUCCUUUGGUAGUCAGACUGUUUUUUUUCUGGCAUGCAAUUUAUUACCAGAGUGUGCUUAGAACCAUUUCAGGUUUAAUUUCAAUUAUUUCCCCUUUGUGGUAAAAAUAAAUCUGCAGAUCUCUAUCUCAAAAUGUCAUUUGCUUGUUAGCUUGUGGGUGUUUUGUGCAGGUAGCCAUUUAUUCCCUUUUCAGUGUCUGCAAUAUAAUCAGAGGAGUAUGGAAGGAAUAUCAGCAAGGCUCUUUCAGGUGAGAAUAAAGUUGCAUUCACAGAGAUUCUUGGUGGUAUUUGCAUAUCAUCUGCCUACAUUAUACUACAUUUCAUCAAUGCUGUUCACAUUUCAUUUUCAUGAGUGUUAGCAAUCUCAGAUUUCAAUGGAAAAGCUCUAAAAGUGGGUUUUUUGAAUAGUCUAAAAUGUACUCGAAAUACUGAUUUAAACUAACUACUGGUUGAAUUAUGAUAAGUGCUGCUGUAAUGAAUAAUUGUGCUUCAGGUUAAUAUGACUGAAUAUAAUUGGUAUAGUUCAUAGGGGUAUCAACUAAUAUUGACAUUCUUUAUGAUGGGAAAAGCUGGUGUCUCAGUUCAUCUGGAAAGAAUGGUUCUCCAGCAAGCAGGAAGAGGAGGAAGGUGGAUGAAUAUAGUACCAGAGUCACACAACAAUGGGAAGAGUCCGUAUGAAGUCUCUUAUUAUAAUUGUAAUGGAUACUUUUUUCUUGCUGGUUUGGUUUUUUUCCCCCUCUCUGUUUAAUUAGUAGUUGUUAAUUUUACCCCACACCAUGUCCCCAGUUAGAGCAAUUCUAUAUCUCAAAUGACAGUGUCCCUAUCUGGAGUACAAACAUCCAAGAUACAGUCCAUAGUAUUGACAGGAUAUUUGCUGCCUUCAGCCACUGACUUUUUAAGACUUUCAGUCAAAUUAGCUUUCAAUUAGUUUUUCCCUUAUGACUUCAUCCAAUGGUUAAUGGUGGUUUUGUUUGGGUUUUUUUCCUACUUCCUUUGAUUGCAGUUAGUUAUGUGAUAAAAUAUGCAGAAUUGAAGGGAACUGUAAAUAGAAAUGCUUCAACCUUUGUCAUUGUAAUACUGGGUUUGCAGCAAAACACACUCAAAGCCUCAAAAGGAAUAGGUUUGUAAGGAAAACAGGCAUUCAAAUAGUGUAAAUAGUCAUAGAUCCUGAACUAAAGUUGUGGUACUGCUCAGAGAUCACAGUGGAGCUGUGCCAUUUCACACCACCUCAUCUGGCCUCUGAUAUUUAAAAAGUGUAACUUCUACUACUUACAUUUCUGCAUUUCUCAUAUAUUUGUUACUGGAUCUAAAAAUAUUUUGGUAGAGCACGAUGUCUCAAAUCGCAGUAUCUGAAUGUGUUCUAUAAAAGUCUGAGAGCAAUAUUGACUGUCUGUAUUUCAGAUAUUUUGGUCAUGUAAUGAAUGAAAUACCAGAACUUCUUAAGUUCAGUAAUGAAUGCUCACUGUCUGUAAUGUUCAAAACAAUGAUAUUUUUGUCUCUCAAAUUCUUUCUAAUGUUUUAGUUUUAUUUCCCCUGAGAUCAGUCCUGCUGUUAAGAAGAUAAUUAAAGCUUGCUGCACUGCAGUGUCAAUCUACAGGUUAUGGAGACUAGUUUCAGUCUGUCUGGAAGUAUUUGAAUGCAGGUAUUAUUGCUUUAUUUGCCAGCAAAGCGGAUUGGGCUGCAAUAUCCAGAUGUAAGUCGUUACCCUGCAUGGUCUGCCCUGCCUGCCCCAUGGAUAGCACUGACUCCUGACAAACAAACUCAAUUAAUUUUGAGAAUUCUCUUUAUUUUUAAUAAGAUGUCCUAUACAGGACUUUUCUUAUUUCUUAAAGAAAACUACAUUUAAAAAUUAAUGACAUUUUUCUCUUUGUAAAUUUGGCCAUCAGUUUUCUUGGGAAUUGUUAUCUGAAUAUUGUGUCCCUGUUUUCCUCUCUAUUUUGAUUCUUAAGGUGGACUUUAUCUUUUCACAUUCACUGUUACUUAGAUUUCCCGUAGGCA